AGACUUUUUACCAUGGCGUCCAGUAUGUUGUACCAGGCGUUCCGUGUGGACGGAGGUCCGACCCAGUACCCGCCCAACCCCACCCCGGUCACCGCGGACGUGCUGGAGGUCGGCCUGGUGUUCGCCGUCGCCAUCCUCGCCUUCUCCUUCCUCGUCAUCCUGCCGGGAGUCAGGGGAAUGCAGAGACUAUUCUUCGCCGUAAUGGUUUUCUUCAGUAUAUUUGUCUUGGCGACCAUCAUGGUGAGUAACUUCGGCAUGGAGUGGGAGACAGCCGAGGUGCACACCAAAGUCCAGUACAAGGCCUUCAUCGCGGAGGAGAUGGACGGCACGGUCGGGGUCAAGAUCGGGCUCCGGGCGGUCAACAUUACCCUGAAAGGAUCAGGAGAAGGAGAACUCAAGAACGAGGAAAUAAACUACAACGAGCGGUUUCACUAUGGACAGGACGGGCAGGGCAGGAUAGGCUUCGGACCUUACGCGAGUCUGAUAAACCGUGAGUUCCGCGCUGCGCAGUACCGGGGCCUGCCGUACCCGAUCCUGUGGGUGGCGGAGUACUUCACUCUGGACGGGGAAGACAUCCGCUGGCACCGCAGCUACCGACUGGCCGGCUACUACACACUCACCAUGCUGUGGACUGCCUUCCCCCUGUGGAUCCUAACCAACAUCCUGUUCUGCAUGUUUAUCCGGUACGGAGCCUACUUCAUGAUGCUGACGGGCGGGGUCAUGUUGCUAGGCAACCUCAUCUUCCACUUCCUGAGGUUCGGGCCGGUCCUGGCCGUUCCCAUGGGAACCGCGACGCUCGUGUUCCACUACGGCUGGUGCUUCUGGCUCAACCUGGCCGUCGGCUCCGUGACUCUGGUGCUGGGAGCCGCCAUCUUGUUUCUGGACCUCCGUUUUCCUGACGUCACGUCUACGUUUUUCUCCGUAGGGUCCGACCCUGACGAGUAUUACACCGUCAAGACGUCUGGAACUAAAGGACCAGGCAUGACCACAGGCUCCUUGCAGGUCAUCUCUGAAGAACUUACAGAGAUGGGGGAACAGAAAAGUGACAACACCAUAAUUAAACCGUAA